AUGUCUGUUAAUUGUGAAGUUUCUAAAGAACGCAAAGUUCCUAGAAGAAGGUUUGUUGGGUCUAAAAGUGUAAAUGGUAAGGGAUCUAUUGUGACCAAAAAGACUAUCGAAAAUGAUUCAAGCAAAGAAGUUGUAUUCAAGCCAAGAAAUAAACAUUCUGUUUCUUAUAGAUCUAUUAUCCAUAUCCCAGAUGAUAUACUGGAGGACGAAGAUUUGAAUGAGGCAAUCAAACUUUUACCCUCAAAUUAUAAUUUUGAAAUCCAUAAAACUGUUUGGAACAUUAGAAAACAUGGAGCCAGGAGAGUGGCAUUACAAAUGCCUGAAGGUCUAUUAAUAUAUUCUUUGAUUAUUAGUGAUAUUUUGGAACAAUUUUGUAAUGUUGAAACAGUGAUAAUGGGAGAUGUUUCAUAUGGUGCAUGUUGUAUCGAUGAUUUUACAGCUAGAGCACUGGAUUGUGAUUUUAUAGUUCAUUAUGCACAUUCAUGUCUUGUUCCUAUCGAUGUUACUACUAUUAAAGUUUUAUAUGUCUUUGUUACAAUCAAUAUUAAUGAACGACAUAUUGUUAAAACUUUGCAGAGAAAUUUCCCUAAGGGUUCCCGAAUUGCCACCUUCGGUACUAUUCAAUUCAACCCUGCUAUACAUAGUAUUAAGGAUGCAUUAGCACAAGAUAAUGAUCAUAUGUUAUAUAUAAUUCCACCACAGAUUAAGCCAUUAUCCAGAGGUGAAGUGUUGGGUUGUACAUCAGAAAGGUUGGACAAAAGUCAAAUUGAUGCAAUGGUUUUUAUUGGUGAUGGUAGGUUUCAUCUAGAAUCAGCUAUGAUACAUAAUCCAACUAUCCCUGCUUAUAGGUACGAUCCAUACAACAGAAAGUUUACAAGGGAAGGUUAUGAUCAAACACAACUAGUUAGAGUUAGAUCGGAAGCUAUCCAAACUGCAAAGAAUGGUAAAGUAUUUGGUUUGAUUCUUGGUGCUCUGGGUAGACAAGGGAAUGUCUCUACGGUAGACAGAUUAGAGAGAAAUCUUUUGGCAGCUGGAAAGAUAGUUGUUAAGAUUAUAUUAAGUGAAAUAUUUCCACAAAAGUUGGCAAUGUUUGAUAAGAUCGAUGUUUUCGUUCAAGUGGCAUGUCCUAGAUUAUCAAUAGAUUGGGGGUACGCUUUUAACAAGCCUUUGUUGACUCCAUAUGAAGCUAAUGUGUUGUUAGAUAAAGAUGUGAUGUUUUCAGAGGAUUACUAUCCAAUGGAUUAUUAUGAAACAAAUGGUUACGGUCGUGGCCAAUUACCACGUCACGCUCAAGAUUGA